UUGUUGGCGAAUAAUCCGUUUCGCUAAAACGAACGCUUCCAGCGGCAAAAAAAUUUCGCGGCCAAAAAAAAAAAAAAAGCUCCGAACUUUUGUGUUUGUUUCUCUUUCUUUGAUCUCCAACUCCAACCACAUUUUCAAUUUAGCUUCCCACAAAAUCCCCCAUCUCUCUUUUUCUCUCUCUGUUCCAAAUUUAGGGUUAGGGUUUCGAUCAUCGUCUCUGAGAUUGGGUGCUGGGUUUCGAUCGCACAGAUGUGUAGUUGAAGCAGCGGAGGAAGGAGGAGGAGGAGAGCAAGAAGAAGAAGAUCGGGUCCUCAGGUGAAGAUCUGGGGCUUGGGUUUCUUUCUACUUUGGGAAAGUGAGAGCCGGAAAUCGAAAAUGAGCGCGUCCAGGUUCAUAAAGUGUGUGACUGUUGGCGACGGAGCUGUGGGCAAGACGUGUCUGCUUAUCUCCUACACCAGCAACACCUUCCCCACCGAUUACGUGCCUACUGUUUUCGACAAUUUUAGUGCAAACGUGGUUGUCAAUGGGAGCACUGUUAACCUUGGGUUGUGGGAUACAGCUGGACAGGAGGACUAUAAUAGAUUAAGACCCUUGAGUUAUCGUGGGGCUGAUGUUUUUAUACUGGCAUUCUCCCUGAUUAGCAAGGCCAGCUAUGAAAAUGUGUCCAAGAAGUGGAUCCCGGAAUUGAAGCACUAUGCGCCUGGUGUUCCAAUCAUUCUUGUUGGAACCAAGCUUGAUCUGCGGGAUGACAAGCAGUUCUUUAUUGACCAUCCGGGUGCUGUGCCUAUUACUACCGCUCAAGGAGAGGAGCUCAGGAAGCUAAUUGGAGCACCAGCAUACAUUGAGUGCAGUUCAAAAACACAGCAGAAUGUGAAAGGGGUGUUCGAUGCAGCCAUAAGGGUUGUCCUUCAACCUCCCAAGCAGAAGAAAAAGAAAGGGAAAGCGCAGAAGGCAUGCUCCAUAUUGUGAUUGGAAAUAGGUGUAAAGAGAUAAUGACCAUCCAUUCUGCCUGUAUUCCCCUCCCGCCCCCUUUCUCCCCUAAUCUUUUUCCCUUUUGUCAUGAAGAAGUUGGAGUCAGUCAGUUGUUCCUGUCCGACAAUACUCUAGGUCUCUAUGAAGCAUCAGGUGGUUUGGUGUUGCAUUCUUAGAAUUGUUGUGAUCUCUUAUUGUUGAAUUGUAUGGUUUCCAACUUUUUCUUAACUGCGGUUUUAAUUUCAGUUAUGUAUUAAUAGGCUGGACUCCCAGUUAGGAAAACGACCUUGUUUUGCAUGGACACGGUUUAUAUUUAUUACUAUUGUUGUGGUUGAA